AUGAAUGAUGACUGCCAUGAUGUGGAUAAUGAUGGUGAAAAUGUUGAUGAUGCCAUGGGAAGUGUCCAUGAUGGUGAUGAUAAUAAUGCUGCCAUGGGCCAUCCCAGUUGCUAUGAGGAAAUUCAUGGAAAAGAUAUUUAUAUAGCAACUACUGAAACAGGCUUGGAAUUAGGUUAA